CAAUAGAACGGUGUUCGGCUUUCAUUAUAACACCAAUUAAUAAACAUUUGGAUGGCUGUAUGAGGAUGGGAACUCGAAGAUUAAUAAAUGAAUAUGCGAAACACCCCACUUUUUUCAUCUCAAAAUCAGCGUAGUAUAUAAGUUUUUAUCUGGAUUUUUUCGAGCCAGAAAUCGAGUGAGUGUUACUUGGGUUUCGAUUGAAGAUGAGGGAAUAUAGAUGUCGAUGGAUCUCGAUCAUAGCAGUUGUCAUUAUAUGGAUAAACGAAGCACAUUCUGGCGACAACGAUUAUAAUGUUAUUCACAACGAUGGGUCUUACCAAUUUGGAGGGGAUUCCCCCGAUUCUUAUCACUACGCAGAAGCUAACAGACAAAAUACCGUUCGAGGAGAAUUUGGCGGUAGAAACCCAAAAACAGGCGAUAUAGAUACGACAAUUUACACAGCUGGACCCAGAGGCUUUCGACCACGAGGUAAGAACGUUGUUAGAAAGUACGAUCUCAACCAGAGUGGUCCAAGACCUGUUGGAAGUCCAGAUGACCCUUACUACGAUCCGUAUGAAGACCCAAGUUACAACUUCGGGUUCAAGACAAGAACGCACUCCAGAGAAGAAAACGCUAAUAGAGUUGGCGAUGUCACUGGAAGGUAUUCUUACGUUGAUGAUAUAGGGGAAAGACACAAUGUCGAAUAUAUUGCGGGUAAAAGAACAGGGUUUCAUGUCAAAACUCCUUUUCCUGAUUCUAACCCCAGAGCAUAUGGCCCCUUAUACUUCAGAGGAAGAGGAAAACCAAUUCCAAGGGGAAGGACUUCAAUUCAAAGGGGUCUUGACGGUAGCUAUAGAUUUGUAUCUGCAGGACCAGAUCAAAGGCGUACGGAAGUUAGUGAUGCAACAGGUCACGUGAGAGGAUCUUACACGUAUUUGGAUGAAAAAGGUGUCCAACACUCUGUUCAUUAUAUAGCAGGUCCAGAAACUGGUUACAGAGUGCUGAAGAAUGUGAAAGGACCUCAUCUUCCAACUGUAUUCCCAUUCGGAAGACCUGACAUAAUAUCGCCGGAUUUCUACGAUGACUACAACAAAGACAUAGGAGAUGUUGGGGAUAUAUUUGGUACCUCUGGAUCAGGAAGUGGAGGUUCUUCAACUUCUGGAGGACAACCAGGGGGCUCUGGUGGAAUAAAGCCAGGAAGUCAAUUAGGAGGUGGAAUAGACGUCAGCAAAGACGAUUUCGACAAAUUCGGAGGUGAAGAUCCGGGCAGACCAUCUAGACCUAAACCAUCUAAUGGUGGUUACGACAGUUAUGAUGAUUACGAUUUAUUCGGUGAAGGGGUUAAGCCUGGAUCUUCAACAACUACACCAAGACCGGCUGGUGGUGAUGGAAAAGUACCAACCAUCGCAGGAUAUCCCACUAGUACAACACCAACACCAGGCGAAGUCGCGGGAACAACAACAUCUGGAUAUGUUCCUACAACCUCUGGCUACGGGGGAAGUUCGGACAAACCAAGCUAUGAUGGUUAUCCUACCGGUACUGCGGAAGGUGGAUAUCCAGGUGACACUGGCAGACCUGAGAAACCCCUUUCAGAAUAUGGACCCCCAGGCUUUGGAAAACCUAGCUCAGGAGGAAAACCUGGAGGAUAUAGACCCAGCACUUCUGGCGGCUACGGUUCUAAUGAGAUCGACGAUGAUUUUGGUCUUUUCGGUAGUCCGUCUGGGCAUGGAAUCAAACCCCCUGGUAAACCGAAUUAUGGCUUUCAAGUCGGUGGAGGAGUUGAUGGAGGGUCAUGUGAAAAAUGUCAUGGUACUAUUGUGACGAACGUGGGAGACAAAACUUUCACAGUUCCACCUGGGGUCUCUGUAAGGGCACACGUACAAGCAAUAGACUUAAUACCGUAUGAAUCUAAAAUACCAUCUCCAGGAGCCCAGAUGAGGGCAGACAUGUCAAAUCUGAGAACCGAAGAGCUCAACGCUGAGGAAGAUACAAUCGUAGCAGAUAAGCAAAAAACGGAAUCAUCAACUGAAGGCACCACGCAGUCUACACAAGCACAGGUUACGCAAUCUACAGAAACAACUACGACUUCUAGAUAGUGAAAAAUAAUAUUAUUUAUUCCUACAUUGAAUGUGUAUAUCUGUAUAUAAUGGUUAAACGAUAAGUAAAUCAAUUAUGCAAC